GCUUCUCACAGGCAAAUACUGCCUUCGUUGCAGGAAGUGUAGCGAAGCAGCAGUACAGCGCAUGUUCUGAGAACUCUCUGCAAGCAAAUGAUGAAUUCUCUGCAGUGAAACGCAGUCCAGGGAGUGGUCAUGGCGAGUGCUGAGAUCACAGUGUCCUCAAGAAACAUAGUGAUGGUGAAGGAAGAGGAGGAGGAAGGGGAGCACUGUGAGAGCCGCAAGACUCAGGUCAUCCUCCAUCUGCAGCCCAUCAUACAGGGGGCAAAGGAGGACGCUGACACUGGCUCUACUGUUCUCGCCAUAGAGACGCAUCAUGAAGACAAUCUUGCGGAGGGUGAGGAGGUUGAGUAUGGAUACCCCAUCACCUGUGGCGAGAGCAAAGCUGUCCUCCUGUUUAAGAAGUUUGUCUGUCCUGGCAUCAACAUCAGAUGUGUCAAGUUCAAUGACCAGCUGAUCAGCCCCAAGCAGUUUGUUCACGUGGCAGGGAAAGCCACUCUGAAGGACUGGAAGAGGGCCAUCCGACUGGGAGGGGUGAUGCUCAGGAAAAUGAUGGACUCAGGUCAGAUUGACUUCUACCAGCAUGACACAGUGUGCACCAACACCUGCCGCAGCACCAAGUUUGACGUGUUGAUCAACAGCACCCGCUUCCUUCCGGGCAGAGCCAUGCAGCCCCCCCCUUCUCCUCUGCCAAUAGAUGGAGGCCAUGCUGCAGUGUCAGAUGACAGGAUAGAGGAGAAGGCCUACACUACAGUGGAGUGGAGCCCUGGGCCAGCUCCUCCCAUCACCAGCACAGCCAAUGGACAUGUCAAGAGGAAAAGGGGUGACAUCAUCCCUGAUGGCAGUCUAAGCUUUUGGAGAGGCAUAGCAGACGUUGGCCUGAUGGGGGAGGUGUUAUCCAGUUUCCGCACAGAACUAGUGGCCAUGUUGAGAGGAGUGGAAGUCCGCAGUGAGAAGGCCAUUUUGCAAGAAGCCGAUGCUGUUGUGCUGAACUCCCUUUCUGAGAUGUUUGGGUUGCUGGACUCAGUGAGGAGGGUUCUGGACCUGAGACGCAGUGAGACUGGUGACAACCAGCAGCAGGUCCACAAUGCUCUUAAUGUACUGGAGGACCAGUUGGAGGACCAGAGGAAGCUGAGGCAGGAUGAGCCCCCACCCAGCCCUGGUCACCUCUACAUGGGCAGCUUCUCCAAGGACACCCCCUCAAAGUGCCCGCGGCUGCAUCCCUCUAGCUCUUCCACCAUCCAGCCUCAGUACCAGACCACACAAUCGUCCAUCGUCUUAUCUCCCAUUACCACAUCCUCAGUGGGUCAGCCUCUCAAUGUGGCCGGCUUGCCUGUGGCCACACUGGCCCAACUCCCCACUGGCUCCCAGCUCUUCACCCACUACACCACUGGCAACACCUCUGCAGAAAAGAGAGGCAGCGCCAUGUCUGUGGCUCUCCAUGCAGCCUCCAGGGUGACUGUGCUCAACACAACCACAGAGUCAUGGGUGGGGACCCCUCUACAGGCGCUUCAUCUAACCCAGAAGAAGGAGCAGGACUCUGGGGACAAGGAGAGCCAGAGACUGGGGGAGGAGAGGAUAGUACUUGUGCAGCAGGGGGUACUACUGGACACUCCAGGGAUUCAGACACACUUUGAUGGGAACAGUGGGGGCUCAAUCAGAGAUGGAGGAAGAGGGGGAGGAGCAGGAGCAGGGGAGGGACAGGAGAGUGAAGGUACAGAAGGAAGGGUUGCAUAAUGUAGAGUAUAAUGUCUUUGGCAGGAAGAGGGCAUUAAAAGAACGUAAAACCAAGUGAGAGAAGAGAGAACCGUAAGGAAUACAGUUGAAAGUGAAUAGAGUGAGUGAGUGAGUGAGUGAGUGAGUGAGUGAGUGAGUGAGUGAGUGAGUGAGUGAGUGAGUGAGUGAGUGAGUGAGUGAGUGAGUGAGUGAGUGAGUGUGUGUGACAGUGUGUCUGUGUGGAAGAGAGCAAGAAGGUGAACUUCGCCAUGUCAUGUCAUGUGUAGUUCCACACAGAUUUUAGGCUAUAUGUGUUUUAGGCUAUAUGUGUAACAUCAUUUUAACGUACAGUACUUUUUCACAUGGUGUUUAUUACUGCAGGGCCCAUAGUACUUUAAUUACCCAUGGUCUUCAUCAUCAAAUAUAUUGAUAUACUUAAUGAUAGGGGAGAGUGGGCUAAGUUGAGCCAUUUCUCCGUCAAGGGAAAUAUUGUAUUCUUUCUAACAAAGAUGUCUACAUUUAUUUCAGGAUGUUGUGUAUCCCUGAAAAUAAUCAGAAUUAUGUAUAUAUUACAGUUUUACGGGACAAGGUAAGUUAAGCCGCCUAUUUCUGUACUGAAUUAAAUAUUACCACUACUGUUUUAAAA